GCUCGAGCGCAGCUGGGCCGACGGGUCCCCCUGGUCGGAGGCCUGGAAGUCAGCAUCAACGUCAACACAGGGGCGGUGUCGGUGCCCACUUCUAGGCCUCCUCCGACCUGGCACUGCCCCGCGCGGAUGCGGCCGCCCCAUGGCAUCGGCCCUGGCGGACGCGCGCUGUUGCUGUCGGGGGCCGUCUGCGGGAGGGCGGCGGCCGCUCCGGGCGCAGGCGCCCAGGGCGUUGCGGUGGCCGCGGACGGUUCAUUGGUGGUGCGCGGGGCGGACGGCACGUUCGCGCCCCUGCCGGCAGGCGGCGCGGGCGAGCCGCCCGCGGCGGGCGAGGUGGCCUCGACGCGGCGGCCCGCGGAGCUGGGCGUGGGCGGCCUCGGCGAUCCAGGGCCGGCGCCGAGCGGGUGGCUGACGGUCGGCAUGGUGGUGGCGGCGGGCUCCCUCAUGGGCGUGCUGCAGUCCCAGGCGCGCGCCCCGCCAGCGGCCCGCGGGCGAGGCGUCGGCGCCCCGCCCGCGGACGGCGGCGCCGCGGCCGCUCCGGAGAAGAUCGGCUGAUGGGGCCGACGCGCCGCGGGCGCCCGCCAGUUGGCGCGGGCGCCGACGCGCUGAGCGCCCACGCUUCAAGAAAGCGCGGAGCCGCGCGGCCGUAGCUACCUUGCCGCCCGAUAUCGCACGCCAGCGCCGGGCGCCUCGCAGCGCGCCUAUCGGUGCUGGGCAGCCCCGUCGGUUCCAGCGCGGAGUCCGCGCGGCCCCGUGGCCCCGCAGCCGCUUCCCCGCGUGGGCUGCCAGCGCCCGUGGCCGGAGGCUUCUCCAUGUCAGCGGUGCCGUGUCUCCCUCGUGAGCCGCGCUGUGCGCGCUCCGUGCCCCCGCGGGCGGCGCCGUGUCCCGCGGCGCGUGGUCCACGCGGGAGGGGCGCUGCCGUUUUAAGAUGCGCACCCCUUGCGGCGGCAACGGCAGGAGCUGCGUCGACGCGCAAGCCGCCCUCUACGCCAGAGACG